CAUAUAAACUCGGUACCACGGUCUGGGCUUGCUGCGAAGGAAGCAGGGGCUGGGGUUGCUUUGAGGGUAGUAAGGGCUGAGGGGAAUAGCAGCAGGAAACUGAGACGGUGCGGAGUCUCGCUUGACGGCCCUUUGCUCAGUACAGAGGCAGUUUUUGGUUCGACGCAACCAGACCCCGGGUCGGGCUUUUCUUCGAAAACCACCGCCCCGCCUUUGAUUUCCGAAGACAAAGAGCACCGGAGGGACCUGCACCCUGGGGACGCUCGGACAGGCCAUGGUCAUGGAGGUGGGCUCCCUGGACGUCGGAAGCCUGCGGGCGCUGCUUCGGGAGCGCGCGGCUCACUGCCUGCUGCUCGACUGCCGCUCGUUUUUUGCUUUCAACGCCGGUCACAUUGCCGGUUCGGUCAAUGUGCGCUUCAGCACCAUCGUGCGGCGCCGGGCCAAGGGCGCCAUGGGCCUGGAGCACAUCGUGCCCAACUCGGAGCUGCGCGGCCGCCUGCUGGCCGGCGCCUACCACGCCGUGGUGCUGCUGGACGAGCGCAGCGCCGCCCUGGACUGCGCCAAGCGCGACAGCACGGUGGCCCUGGCCGCUGGCGCGCUGUGCCGAGAGGCGCGCACCACGCAAGUCUUCUUCCUCAAAGGAGGAUACGAAGCUUUUUCGGCUUUUUGCCCGGAGCUGUGCAGCAAACAGUCGACCCCCAUGGGGCUCAGCCUCCCUCUGAGUACUAGCGUCCCUGACAGCGCUGAAUCAGGGUGCAGUUCCUGCAGCACCCCACUCUACGAUCAGGGUGGCCCAGUGGAGAUCCUGCCCUUCCUGUACCUGGGCAGUGCCUAUCACGCUUCCCGCAAGGACAUGCUGGAUGCCUUGGGCAUCACUGCCUUGAUCAACGUCUCAGCUAAUUGUCCCAACCAUUUUGAGGGUCACUACCAGUACAAGAGCAUCCCUGUGGAGGACAACUACAAGGCGGACAUCAGCUCCUGGUUCAACGAAGCAAUUGACUUCAUAGAUUCCAUCAAGAAUGCUGGAGGAAGGGUGUUUGUCCACUGCCAGGCAGGCAUUUCCCGGUCAGCCACCAUCUGCCUUGCUUACCUCAUGAGGACUAACCGAGUCAAGCUGGAUGAGGCCUUUGAGUUUGUGAAGCAGAGGAGGAGUAUCAUCUCCCCCAACUUCAGCUUCAUGGGCCAGCUGCUGCAGUUUGAGUCUCAAGUCCUGGCCCCGCACUGCUCUGCCGAGGCUGGGAGCCCCGCCAUGGCUGUCCUCGACCGAGGCACCUCCACCACCACCGUCUUCAACUUCCCUGUCUCCAUUCCUGUCCACCCUACGAACAGUGCAUUGAGCUAUCUUCAGAGUCCUAUCACAACCUCUCCCAGCUGCUGAAAAGCCCAUGGGAGGUGAUCUGAUCUUCACAACCCACCAGGACUCCAGGCUCCUUCUUAGAGGAGAAAUGCAGUAACUCCGGGGAGGGGACUCAUGAGGGCUGGUCCUUAUUUAUUUAAUUUCACCCGACUUCUGCUGGGUUCCUGAAACAGUCAUAGUGAUGACUUUGCGUCAAGAUGAUUGCUGAACUCACCACAUUCGGGGCCAGUCUAUAGUGGAUACAUCAAGUCCCUCUGACAAAAAGGGGCAGAAGAGAAAGGACUCCGUGUACGAGCCGGUUUCUUUUUGCUUGCCCUCGUUUUUUGUAGAAACUUCAUGCUUGACAUACCUACCAGUAUUACCAUUCCCAACGACACAUAUACACGUGAGACUAUACCUUAUUUAUUUUUGUGUAGCUAGUCUGCCUUCACAAACGUCAGUGUCUACUCCUAGAAAAACCAAAUACCUCAAUUUUUGUGUUUGAGUACUGUAAUAUCCUAUAAAUAUAUCCUAAGGUUGGUUUUCAGCACUGAUGGAGAACACCAGUGUUGGUCCUUUUUUUUUUUUAGUUGCCAACAGUUGUAUGUUUGCUGAUUAUUUAUGACCUGAAAUAAUAUAUUUCUUCUUCUAAGAAGACAUUUUAUUACAUAAGGAUCUUUUUUUAUACAACAGAAUAAAUUAUAGUAUUUCUACAAAA